AUGAACGGCGAUACGUAUUCUUCCCGGGGUGAGUGGCCUCCUGCCUGUCGUGCUUUACGAAUUGACCUAACAUUUUCCUUCUUUACAGACUCCGGACGCCCGCGCGACUACGUGAGUGUUGCUCGCAGGACCCAAAACUUCAAGGAAACCCAUACUAACCUGAUUCAGCGCGACGAACGACGUGAUCGAGACCGAGGCGAUCGGCCCGAGAGGGGCGACAGACACGAGAGAGGAGAGCGCCGGCGCUCGCGUUCGCCUCACUACGGCUCUCGAGGCUCGCGCCGCGAACAAGAAUCGAACUCCUACUCGUCCAGCCGCGACUACCGCGCCCGUGAGCGCGAGGACCGUUACUCUAGCAGAAGGGAUGAUCGCGAAUGGGAUCGAGACCGUGGCAACCGCGGCGAGCGUGGUGGAGAUCGUGGUGACCGCCGACGACGUGACGAUGACAGACCCCGACGUGACUUGUUUGACGACCGAUCCCGCCGUGGAGGUGACCGGGACCGCUAUGAUCGCGGUGACCGCGACCGUGGUGACCGCGGAAACUACCGAGGUGGUGAUAGAAGAGAUCAGGGCCGCCGCGGCAGUGCGUCGCCGCCCCGCGGGCGCAAAGAGCCUACUCCCGAUCUGACCGAUGUCCCUUCCGUCCUCGAGCGCCGACGUCGCAUGACCCAAUGGGACAUCAAGCCCCCUGGUUACGAAAAUGUCCCUGCUGAACAGGCAAAGCUUUCUGGCAUGUUCCCGCUUCCCGGAGCACCCCGACAGCAGGCGGACCCCAGUCGUCUCCAGGCUUUCAUGAACCAACCCGCAGGUGGAUCCACAGAGAUCACGGCUCUCAAGAUUUCCAACUCCAGACAGGCCAAGCGUCUCUUUGUGUACAACAUUCCCGAGGGUAUCUCUGGUGAUGCGAUCUCGUCCUUCUUCAAUCUGCAACUCAAUGGGCUCAACGUCGUCCAUAGUGUGGACCCCUGUGCCACAGCUCAUGUGUCGGAUGAUAAGAAGUUUGCUUCUCUCGAGUUUAAAACCGCUAAUGACGCCACCGUUGCUUUCACCCUGGAUGGGAUUUCCAUGACUGACAACGGAGAGAAGGGACUUGAAAUUCACCGACCCAAGGAUUACAUUGUACCUGAUAGCAACCAGGAGUACCAGGAAGGCGUGCUUCUGAAGGAGGUGCCGGAUUCACCCAACAAGAUUUGUGUCAGCAACAUCCCGCCCUUCAUCCCGGAGGAGGCAGUGAUCAUGCUUGUGAAGUCGUUCGGCGAACUCAAGUCAUUCGUGCUCGUCAAGGAUGCUUCUACCGACGAAUCACGAGGUUUCGCUUUCUGCGAGUAUGUCAAGCCGGAAGCCAAUGAGGUUGCCCUGGAGGGUAUCAAUGGCAUGGAGCUAGGCGAGCGCCCCCUGAAGGUCACCAUGGCUUGCACUGGAGCCAGACAAGCCCCUGGUCUCGACAUGAGUGUCAACGCCAUGUCGAUGUUCGCCCAGACUACCUCCCAGGACAUGAUUACCAGUCGUGUCCUGCAGCUCCUGAACAUGGUUACCGUGGAUGAUUUGCUUGACGAAGAGGAGUACGAGGAUAUCUGGGAAUCGGUUGAAGAGGAAUGCAACAAGCUCGGAAAGGUCGUCAAGAUGAAGAUUCCCCGCCCCAAGGACGCCAAUGAUGCAAGCUGCCGCGCUCCUGGCAUCGGUAAGAUCUAUGUCAAGUUCGAAAACGUGGAGGGCGCUACCCAGGCUCUCAAGGCUCUUGCCGGCCGUCAGUUUGACAACCGUACCGUCGUUGCUUCUUAUUUCGGGGAGGAGAACUUUGAUUCCGAUGCCUGGUAG